CUCUGUUCCCACCUUGGGCCCCUCUCUCACCCUUUUUCCAACUAAAGAAAGAGAAAAAGAAACAUUCUAUUUUCUGUUCUUUGUUCCUCAUCACUCUUUAUGCUCUUCACGUAAUAAUUUCUUCUUCUUUUUCUUUAUUUUCUAAUCAAUGUAAAUUCCCAUUUCAAAAUUUUGAAAGUUUCUUCAUCCCAAGGUCUAGGCCCUGUACCAUAAUAGUUCGUGCUUGACCUACUCCUCUUUUCCUCCGUGUAUAAGAUUUUGAUCUUCGGUCCUUCCAUCUCGAACCCUGAGAAAUCGCGGGCGAGAGGAAGUUGUAAUUACCCACCAUUUCCUUCUUUUUUGAUCUUCUUCUUGUUGUCGUGGUUCGUGCUCGGUUCCCCUGUGUUCUCCUUCUCCUAUUCCAUUCCCGGUUUCUCUGACCGACUCAUGGCCUUGAGGAGCUCUUCUAGUGUCCCGUCAUUCUUGUACAGUUGCGGGUCCUGCAAGUCAUGCGGAUUUGAGGCAAUGAAAGAGGCCGAGAUAUUCGGGAAUCAAAAGGAAUGUAAAGGCUCGCAGUCCAACAACUCGAGCAGGUGCUCCAAUGACAAGAUCCUGACUAUGGAGCUCCGUAGAAAAAUAUCCCUCUUUAGGGACAUUAUGGACUUACCUCUAUGUGACUGGUCGAUUUCCAUAGAUGAGUUGGUGAUUGAGACGAUGGAGGACCUCCACAAGCUCUAUCCUGAAAUCAUACCGAAAGGACAAUUAGAGAUGAGAAUGGCAGCAACGAAGCAGGGACUGGCCUACUUUUGCACUGCUCUCAAGUCUAUUGGCGAUUCGUGGAAGAAGAAUGAAGAAUGGAUAGACAGAGCCAGUUACAAUGCGAUUAAUGAUAUAGAGGACAAGGAUUUGGAUAAAAUAGUUAGGAUUGUGUUGGCGACGCUCGAUGGACUGAUCAGGAUAGUUCGAAAGAAGUUUCAUAUGAUGGAUGAGGAUGAGGAUGAAGAGAAGAAGGGUUGCAAGAUCGAGAAGAGCGCAUUUGACAAGAUGGCAGCAGAGUCACUCGUGGGUAACCAUAGCCCGUGCCGGUCUCCAGUUACCCCAACCUCGGUUCUUCCCGACCGGCCCAAAGGUCCUCUCAUGAAGGAGGCCUCUUAUGUACAUCCACUUCUUGGGCCGCUCAGAGUUCAGGCACUCGGGAAGUUGAACCCGAUUGAUGUGAAGCGCCUCGCUCUUUACUCAUUCUCUAACCUACAAUUUCCAGCCAACAAUAUUGCAGACUCAAAUUGUAAAGCAGUUGAACAUACAAAACUAACUAGAGCCGCGACCAUCGAGCUAGGCCAAGUUGAGAAAGUCAUAAAAGGAAGUAUCGGAGAUGAUGUACAUAGCCAGAACAUCCCCAAAACUACAAUAGCAACAAACAUUAGCUUGAAAGAACAGGUGAGAAUUGAUCAGACAUCCGUAUCUCCACAGGCAUCAUCCCCAUUACAGCAUUCGGCGGUGACACAGAACAAGGCUGGAUUGGUAGCACCGCCCCUGCCACCAGAACCAAAUAGUUUGCCACCAUUGCCUCCUACUCCUCCACCUCCACCGGUAGCACAGCCCCUGCCACCACAACCAAAUAACUUGCCACCAUCCUCUCCUACUCCACCUCCACCUCCACCGCAAUCAUCGAACAUUGCCAAGGCAAAUCCUGCAGUUCCGGUGCCACCACCACCUCCUCCAACACAAUCCACUAUGCAGGCCGGGCCAAUGGCUGUAGCGCCACCACCACCGCCUCCACUACCUGAGCUUCUAAGAGGGCCCUCUCCUCGAGCCCCGCUCCCAAUGCCAUUACUGAACGGAAUGGCUCUGCCUCCCCCACCUCCACUCCCAGGGGCAACAAGAAGUCCGGCUCCACCACCCCAGCCUCCUAUGCCACUUGGGAAUGGAAUGGCUCCACCACCUCCACCACCCCCAGGAGCAGCAAGAGGUCCCCCUCCCCCGCCACCCCCAGGGGUCCCUGGGAAAGGAAUGGCUCCGCCUCCACCGCCUCCAGGUUGCGCCGGAAGGUCUUUGCGCCCCAGGCCGAGUACCAAACUCAAGAGGUCAACCCACAUCGGUAGCCUCUACAGGCUUCUCAAAGGGAGGGUGGAAGGGUCAAGCCUCAAUGGUAAAGCGGCCAAUGGACGAAAAGGUUUAGUCGGGGCCCCUGCUGGAGGGAAACAAGGAAUGGCUGAUGCAUUAGCGGAGAUGACAAAAAGGUCCGCCUACUUUCAACAGAUCGAGGAAGAUGUUCAGAAGUACACGAAACCAAUUACGGAAAUGAAAGCUAAGAUUAGUUCCUUCCAGACAAAGGACAUGGCAGAGCUGCUCAAAUUCCACAAGGAUAUCGAAUCUAUUCUCGAGAAGCUGACAGACGAAUCACAGGUGCUAGCGAGAAUCGAGGGCUUUCCAGGAAAGAAGUUGGAAACAAUAAGAACUGCAGCAGCUCUAUACCAAAAGCUGGAUGCAAUAAUUGUCGAACUGCACAACUUUAAGAUUGAGCCUCCACUAGGGCAGCUCCUCGACAAGGUCGAGCGAUAUUUCAAUAAGAUCAAAGGGGAACUUGACAAGCUCGAGCGAGUGAAGGACGAAGAAUCCAAGAAGUUUACGAGCCACAACAUCCAUUUCGACUUCGACAUCCUCCUAAGAGUGAAGGAAGCAAUCGUCGAUGUCUCUUCAAGCUGCAUGGAGUUAGCUCUCAAGGAAAGGAGAGAAGCGAAGGCAAUGGAGGAUAAAGAGAAAGGGCCGAAAACCGAAGGACGAAGAAAGGGAUGCACGAAGAUGCUGUGGAGGGCCUUCCAGUUUGCAUUUCGGGUUUAUACAUUUGCUGGAGGCCACGAUGACCGGGCAGACAAGCUUACUAGGGAGCUGGCGCACGAGAUUGAGACUGAUCCACAACACCAGUAACCGAUCUAUUACAUAAGUACCUAAGAAGUUCUAACCGUAUAGGACGGUGUUACCGCUUGACAGACAUUGCAUGGCAUGAGUCUGAGGGAAUUGAUCAUAUCUCAAGGUUUUUUUUUUGUUUUUCGCUUUUUUCCGUGUAAAUGUUUGACGGGUUCGAGUACAUCUAUUAAGUAUCCUAGGAUGCUAUAUUAAGUACUACUGCAUAAAGUGUGUCAAAUGCCAAAGAGAGAGAGAGAGAGAGAGAGAAUUUCUUAUAAAAAAAAACUUGGAAAAAAAAAGACUGAGCUUAGUAACGACCCUUAUUAUUACUCAGCAUCAGAUGGCGUAUAAAAGACUAUUCUUAUGUUAAAUGAUGGACUCUAAUGAGUAUUUGUUUCA